AUUCGAAGAUCCCUGUUGGAAGCCUGUGCCACUGGCACUUGGCAGUCCGUCACAGGCUUGUACGACUUUACAAGGGUGAGACGCGCAGGAAAGUGGAUUCAUGAAUUAAAGUUGUCCCGAUAAACGAUUCGGCUUAUUUAUCGCGGUAGAAGAGUGCGGGAAAUAUUACGCUGGUCAAAGUUCUCGCGAGUCGAGUCGUUCGGUGCUGUGGAAAUCGUGGAUACUUGUCUGUAAGUGUUUCGCUUGUUGCACAGUUGCCAAGGCGACUGAAUGCGUGCGUGUGCGUGUGCUCCGAACAAAGAGUUGUUAUGAAAAGAUAAUCGGACAACUCCACGGCCAGCUUCGUAUCGUCGGCAAUUCCAUGUUUGAAAAAGGAACGAUCUGAAUUGAGGAAUAUCAUGGAUUACCCCACGGUUUUAAGCCAUUACGACCAGCCCGUAGAGGCCACGACCAGUAACGGCAGUGACGAGCAAGAACUUCUCUGGGAAGAAUCGAAUUAUGCUUUGCCCGGCGAUGAAUAUGUACCUGCUGCAGAACAGUUUGGAGAAGAGUUUACUGGGGCCGAGUUUCAUGAAACUCGUGCCUUGCUCGCAGACGGGGGGGAUAGAUUCGGCGUUUCCACAACCACUUUUGAUAACGUCGAGGAACUUAUGUGGAUGGGGAAUCAAGGGGGUCACGUAACUUCUUAUUAUGGAGCUGGUUUACAAAAAUAUACAUCGUUUCAAGUUCAUGCCACUCAAGAAAUACGACACAUUCAUCCUUUAGACGAAGGAAUCUUGAUCUUGACCCAGAGUUUACUACGAUGCCAGUUAAGAAGGGGCAUACCGAUGUUUUCGCACAUGUCUCCGAAUAUGAUAGACAUGCAAUGUAUGCUCCAAACUUCACCAACGCGAUUACUCAUGGGGGGACAUCAAGAGAAAAUAAUUGACUUUAAUCUUACCAGAGGGAAAGAGAUUGGACUAGUGCAUGUAGGUGAAAACGGUUGUGCAAUUUUGAGGCAGCAUAGCAGGCUUGUAUGUUGCGGUAAUCCUGCUGGAAGAAUCGAUCUGAGGGAUCCGAAUACAUUGGCGGUAGAGCACACUUUCGAAACGCAUAGUGGGUCCCUCAGUGACUUCGAUGUUCAAGGAAAUUACCUCGUCACUUGUGGUUUUAGCAAUAGUCGACAGGGUCUGUCGGUAGAUCGAUUCUUAAUGGCAUACGAUUUGAGACAAAUGAGAGCAUUGAGCCCUGUUACGACUUUAGUAUAUCCUCUGCUGUUAAAAUUUCUACCCAGUUACUCCAGCCGUUUGGCUGUUGUAUCGCCAUUGGGGCAAAUGCAACUUCUCGACACUAUCUAUGCCAACGUGCAGCCAGCGAUGACGUGCUUGUACCAGGUUGCGACUGGUGGAGCUAUGGUACUGUCGUUCGACGUAUCUUCUACGUCUCAGUGUUUAUGCUUUGGAGAUUCAGCAGGUUCUAUACACCUUAUGUCUACGAAUACACCUGAGCCGCAAUUUAAUACGUUUUCUAGGCCAACAGAAUUUGCUGAUCCAGUCGAAUCGCUUCCAUCUAUAUCGUUCGAUGACGACGUGACGCCAUUGAGUACAAUACCAUAUACAUAUACUGGACAACCUCUAUUGAGUGAUUGGCCAGAGGAAUUUUUAAAAAAGAUUUACAGGAAAACGCCAGCGAUCGAUCCUGAAAUAUUGCGCACAAUGAAAAUGCAAGGGACUAUAGGCUAUGCCCCGAAUCCUCAGGCAUAUCGCAGAAAUCAAGUACCUUACAAUUUGGAAAAGCGACGGGGCGUAGUCGCGAAGCUUUUCGCUGGCGAUUCGCGUUCUAAAACUGACGACGGUACCUUUGUGGCCAUACCUAAGCGUUACCGUAAAAUCGAGGUAAAAUACUCACGACUCGGUUACGACGAGUUCGAUUUCGAUCAGUACAACCGCACCAACUUCGGCGGCCUCGAAGCCACGCUUCCCAAUAGCUACUGUAACGCUAUGCUACAGUUACUGUAUUAUUGUGAACCCGUCAGAAUAGCAUUGCUCUCUCACUCGUGCCAAAGAGAAUUCUGUCUGUCUUGCGAGCUAGGAUUCUUGUUUCACAUGCUGGAUACCUCCCGAGGUCUGCCUUGCCAGGCCGCUAAUUUCCUGCGGGCUUUCAGGACGGUCCCUGAGGCGGCAGCUUUGGGACUGAUACUCAGCGAUCUUCAUCCCGAAGCGAAACGGAAAACGAAUUUGAAUCGACUGAUACAAAGUUGGAACAGAUUCAUAUUACACCAGAUUCACUACGAGAUUCUGGAAACGAGAAAAAGACAGCAGGAGGAAGAAGAAGCCGCUCGGCUUAAAUCAGGACCGAAAUGCGCGCCGUUCGUUUAUAACGAACAGGACUUUCCCAGCAUUCUACAAGACAUCGGUUCUCGGUAUAGGAGUCACGACGAAGAGAGGAAAAAGCGGAGAAAACAGGAGGAGGAUGGUAAAUAUAUGUGGAUCACAUCGAAAGAUAAGAACAGCAAAAAGUCUAUCGAAGAAAACGAGGUACGGGACGAGGAGACAGAAAUUAGUCGCCUGUUUGGAUCCGAACAGAUGCACAUACACCGCUGUCUCAAAUGUGGGCAAGAAGCUACGAAACAUUCCAUCAUGUUGCUGUGCAACUUAGUAUAUCCAGAAUUAACGAAUCCUUCUGAGGAGGUUCCAUUCACGAGUGUUCUUGCCUGCAGUUUAAGACCCGAGAAAAUUACACCCGCAUGGUGUGACAGUUGUCAGAAAUUUACACCUACUCUCCAAUCUCGACAGUUGACUAAACUACCUCAAAUACUGGCUCUGAACUGUGGUCUAGAUACACAACAGGAAAAAGGAUUCUGGCAAGCGCAAAUGGACAUAGUGGUUCAGAAAGUGUUAAGUGGCAAAGACAGUAGCCCGUCUUCGAGUCCCGUCCCCGUUACCGUAAAACCAUGUCGGUACGGUAACAAUUGUACCCGAAUUGGUUGUAGAUUCAGACACAUUGGCAGAGAUCCAGAAAAUGUAUCGACGUCGCCGGUCACACCGCCUACAACGACUUCGACGCCGGUCGCAACGCCACCCAGCCACUUGUAUUAUUCUCAUUCGUGGAUUCCGCACAAUAUCGAGAUCUCCUUAAACGGCAGCGGAGAAUUGCUCGUGGAAAAGAUUGGCGGUUCAAAGAAUGAUAGCGAGAAUACUAAAUCUGCCGAAGAGCCUGUUGUACAGAACGGACAAGGUGAUAGCAGAUCGCAGAGUUCCGAGGCGAUUGAAAACAGUUCCGAAGAGAAAGCAGAAGAUCACGCGAGUACGUCCGACAAUGAAGACGUGGAGAAAGAGAAGAAAUCUGAUAAAGCUAGUAAAAUGCGGUACAGUCUGAGCGCCGUCGUUUGUUACAUCGAUGACAAGAAUAACGAAGAUAGAAGGAACAUCGUCGCGUUAUUGCGAGUCGGUCCGAAUUAUCACGAGCGAUCGAGUGGAAGCGCAGUAUCGCAGUGGUACAUCUUCAACGAUUUCUGUAUAUCUGCAGUAACGCCGCAAGAAGCAGUAUGGUUCAACCUGGAUUGGAAAGUCCCGUGUGUUCUUCAUUACACGGCCGUGCCAGAGCCCGAGCCAGCACCAUUUGUGAGUCCGCUCACGUACGACGUGUUUGGAGAAGACAAAUGCGUUGCUAGAAGCGGAGGAACAAGGGGUAUCACGUUUACUCCGUUGACAUCCGACGAGAUGCCCAAAACAGGGGAAUUAGUCGGAAUCGAUGCGGAAUUUGUAACUUUGAAUCAGGAAGAGGCGGAGCUGAGAAGCGAUGGGAAAAUGUCUACGAUAAAACCGAGUCACAUGUCCGUCGCACGUAUAACUUGUAUACGUGGUCAAGGACCUUUAGAAGGAACUCCUUUCAUAGACGACUAUAUAAGCACUCAGGAACAAGUAGUCGAUUACUUGACCAAAUUCAGUGGAAUUCAGCCUGGUGACUUGGAUGCCAAUUUCAGUAGUAAACACUUGACCACGUUGAAAUCGACGUACCAGAAACUACGAUUUCUCGUUGAUAACGGAAUUAUGUUCGUUGGUCACGGGCUAAAGAAUGAUUUUAGGGUAAUAAAUUUAGUCGUACCGCCGGAACAAAUCGUAGACACAGUACUGCUCUUUCACUUGCCGCAUCACCGUAUGGUAUCACUCCGUUUCCUCACGUGGCACUUUUUGGGCAAGAAAAUUCAGUCGGAGACGCACGAUUCUACCGAGGACGCAAGAGCCGCGCUUGAACUUUAUCGUAAAUACAAAGAUCUUGAGAGUUCCGGAAAAUUAGCUGAAUCAUUGAAUGAGCUGUACAAAAUUGGCAAUCAAUUACAAUGGAAGGUUCCAGACAGCUGAUACGAGGAUGAGAUCCAAGAAGAGGUGGUGCAUGAUUUAGUCACAUCGUGCAACAAUAGCGAAGCUUAAUCGAAAACCGAACCAAAGCUACGAUCGACCGUCGAAAGGUUGGUUAUUCUUUCGACUCGUGAAUCAUCCCUCCUAUCCGAAUGAAAGGAGUUCAAUCAUUCGUACGUAGAAACUAAGAAAAUUCCAAUUAAGCGCGAUAUCAUCGCGGGUUUUAACGAUACGGGUACUAUCUACAUUGUCACACUAUCUCACGACUUCGUGAGAUCGUUCAAUCGGGUAUCUCGAUCAUUGUCCGCGAAUCGUAAGUCUCGUAGUUAGCUUCCGUCUGAUUGAGAUAAUUGUGAACGAUGCGAUUGAUCGUUGACCGCGAUCCUUUCAGGAAGAAUCGUAAUUGUUUUCCAUGUGUCAUGCCGCAGUAGCAACACGUGUAUUGCGUUGUAUAAUUAUAAAAUCAAUCAAAAUCAAUUCCAAAACUAAUUGAGCUCGGAAACGUCGGUCACGUAUUCUCGUGAAACGUCGUUCGUUCAGUGGGUAAAGUACAAACACUCGUUCUGAUAUUCGCCCGUGUGAUUUAACAUAAAUUUAACGAUGUAAAAGAAUUUUUAUUGGUUUUACGAAAAGGCAACCUAGUGUAUUAUUAUUGUAAAUACAUAUUGUUGGGUAGUGCAUCCGCGUGCAUCGGAUGUAGGUAUUUAUUUUAAUUUACGAAAGUAUUCGAAACGGAAUACAUAUGACGCGAAUAUGUAAUUGACGAUUGAUGGUUUUAGCAAAUAAUUCUGGUUGGGAUGUUAUCAGUUGCUCUUUUAUACGCAUAUAUACAUAUAUAGAUAUAUAUAUAUAUUUUUUCUAAACCACAUAUUGAUUUUUGUAACGUUUUAUCCAAUAACAGUUCACGGGAGAAAAAGUUAAGAGUAUCGGCACACAUUUUAUGUAACAUUUCUGUUUGUUUCAUUAUCUUUACGUUGAUCGCGACAAAGAAACGAAUCAUUGAAAGGACAAGAAAGUUUUCUAAAAAAAUCCCUUUUCUACUUCGAGGCUCUUCAGGAAAAGACUAAGAGAAACGCGCGGUACCAUAUUUUACAAAACUAUUGUAUUCACAGAUUAUUUUUAUAUAUGUACAUUUUAUCGAUGACAAUGAAGCAACAAAAUAAAGGGAGGGUGAAUAGAAGUGCGUGAGGGAGAGAGAGGAAGAGUGAUGAACCGUUGUCAAAAUAAAUCUAUCAAACGAAA